AUGCGCUGCAACCCCCCCUCUGCCCAGCAUGCGGCUUUGCAAGCUUUCGACACCAGGAGCCGCCACUGUUUUGCUGCGCUCACUGGUUUGCACCUCAACCGCACGCAGUGGCAACAAGCCGGCCGGGGUUUCGCGCAAGCAGGCCUGGGCCUGCGCCAAGCUGUGGUAGACGCACCCGCUGCCUACCUGGCCUCGCGCGGUGGUGUCGCCUCGGCAUGCCAACAGCUCGAUGCUGGCUUCGACUCUGCUGCUCUGUCCGAGACGGCUGAGGUCAGGCAAGCGCUUGUCUUGUUGAAUGCACAACUGGCCCAACCCCUUUCAGGCUCAGCAGCAUUGGCAAAGCGCCAGGGUGAGCUUUGUGACCUCCUGGAUGAUGCCAGUUGGCGGCGCCAGCUUUCUUGCUCGACUCCGGUUGCCAAAGCCUUCCUGCUUUCUGAAACGCAGGUGGGCGCCAGGGCUUUCUUGGCCGCUGUGCCCCGUGAGCGUGGUCGCAUGGAUCCAGCUGCCUUCGUGGCGGAGCUGCGUCUCCGGCUGGGAAUUCCCGAGGCCACGGAUGAUGUGUGGUGCCCUCGCUGCGACAGCGUCCUAGAUGCUUACUCCCACCACGCUGGCGUUUGCUCCGUAGGUGGGGAGCGCACGCUCCAUCACAACGCUGUCCGGGAUUUGGUGUGCUCGUGGGCCACCCGAGCAGGUCUGCAGCCAGAGAAGGAGAAGCCAAACCUUCUCCUGCCGCAACGGCCCGAGGACAGCCAUCUGGCGCGCAAGCGCCCCGCUGACAUCUUCAUCCCCUGCUUGGAGGGGACCCCGUCCGCUCUCGACUUUGCCAUCACUGGCCCCCAGCGGAUGGAGUCCCUCCCCCAGGCAGCUGCUGAAGCUGUCAGCGCGGCAGCUGCUUACGCGGCAGUAAAGGCUAGCCACCAUGAUACUGCGGCUGUUUGCACUGUGCAGGGAGUCAAGUUCAUUCCCAUGGUGGCCGAAACUACCGGGGCGUGGGACAAGGGGGCUGCGCGCGUGCUGCGGCUGAUCGCAGCAGCUACAGCAGCCCGUGAAGGCGGUGACUGCGCCGCCCUCACGGCCACCAUGUUCCAGGAACUUUCCGUGUGCAUCCGGGGCUUCCGCGCCCGAGCCACUCUCCGCAGGAGAGCUGAGUUGCAUGUGGCCGCCCGCAAUGACCCGGUGCGGUCAGCAGAGCUUGUGCUCGAGUCGUCGGGACUGUAG